AUGCAGCGGCCUAGCCAAUCAAGCGACUUCCGCCGCUGGGUUCAGAAGCAGACGAAUGGGUCGGUUACCUCCGAUGAAGUCAUUCUCUUCUUUUCGGGCAUCGCCUUGUCCCUUUUGAACUUCCCUCGUGGAUACUUAAAAGCAACACCCCGUCGUUGCAUUUCCCACUUAGUCCCCUUCAUCCUUUUCUUCUUGGGUUGUCAGGAGUCGCCUCUCUUACGACAGCCACCAAGCAUCCUCUCACCUACGAUGUCGUCCGCAAAGUAUGCACCAGUACCCACAACGGCCCAACCACCCGCUAUCAUCAUGCCUCAGGACCUCGACUCCAUGAUCGUCGAGUCAGAGAAGGGCCCUCGCGGAAACUCCUCCAGCUGCCAGCACUCGUGUGGGCAUUGCGAGUCGAACGGGAACGGGCAUCCUCCUGAGCACCGAGGGUGCCACAACGGUCGCCUCCGCCGCAUACUCCUCCCGGCGCUAAUCGCCUUCGUUAUACUAUCUGGCCUGUUCGCACUCAGCUGCGUGCGCGGGCACGGUGCGGACGCUGCUGCCUGGGGUGUUGAAACGUUGUUCAGUCGGCAGAACAACGGAGCAGGCAGUGGCAGCGACAAUGGGGUGUUCAUAGAUCGGAAAUACUACCUUAUUGUGAUAUUUGUUGGACUUUUUCUGGUGGUGAUACUAGGCAUCAUGCUGAGCGCCUGGUGUUGUAAAAGCUCCUUUCAGAACCCUCUAUGCUGUCCUUGCUACCUUUGUGCAUGCUGUGGUGGUCUUGCUUGCUUGCAGUGCAUUGGAUGCGGUCUUUGUGCUGAAGGGUUAAGUGAAAUGUAG